CAUAUCCAUAUAAAAAUUUAUAGUCGCCAGACAUUCUUAAAAACUAAAUUACUGUCAAGUAACGGAUUUGCAACGAUUUUUAAAAUAUUGUCAACUCUCAGUUCUAUGUCAUUAUGUCAACGAUUUACUACUUCAUUCUAAUAUCUUUUUUGGUGAAUAUUCGAAAUUCCAUUGCAACAAAUUGUCCCAAUUUGUCACAAAAUCAAGAAAUUGCCCACAACAUCUCCGAAGCAUUGGUGGAGAUCAUUGAAAAGUUUUACAUUUCGAAAUAUCGCCUUCGUAGCUUUAGUUUGCACAUUAAAGUUCAGAGUCCGCGAAAUAGUUAUUUCUUUGAAGAUGUUGUUGAUUCGAUGUGGAAGCUGUUGAAUGGUCGCAUUGAGAUGAUCCUUAGCAAUGGUAUACCGAUACCGGUUUCGAGUAAUAUACAAUAUUGUAUACUGUUGGUGGAUUCAAAGGAGUCAUUGGAAUAUCUCUAUAGAAAUAUUAUCACACAUCAUCUCUACAUUGAGGGUUCCUAUUUCAUUGUGCUGUAUCCUUGGCUCGCACCCUAUCAUUACUACGAUGAGUUGUACACGGCCUCCCAGCUGUGUUUGGAUGCAGGCAUAUCACAUGCCAACAUCCUUGUCUAUGCUGGUCAAAACACGAUACUAUUAUUUCACGAUCUACCAUUUACCGAAUUCCACUGUUGGGCCAAUGUACCGGUAAUUGAUAACAAAUUCUCCCAUGGCCAAUGGGAGCAUAUGGAAUUCUAUAUUCCCAAGGUAAAUAAUUUGUAUGGCUGUCCGUUGGUUUGUGCCACCUGGGAGGAGAUGCCAUAUUUAGAAAUUUUGCCGGAAUCAACAUCAACAGAACAUUUCCGGGGUCUGGAGGGAAGAAUGCUGGAUUACAUUGCGAAUCGCAUGAAUUUUACGGUUAAAAUGCGUUGGAUGACAGAGGAUGAGAUUAAUCGUACGCUUUAUGAUGAAAGGGGUAUUUUGAAGGAGCUCUUCGCCGAAGGUGCAGAUUUUGUCAUUGGCGGCUUCCACUACAAACCCACAUCGUUCGAUGAUAUCUACACGCCCACAACCACCUACUUUCUGAGCACUUUCUACUUUGUGAUCUCAGCCUACACCGAUCCAUAUGAUCCAUUUUCAAAACUAUUGCUACCAUUUCGUAGCAAAGUUUGGCUGAUACUCAUCUGGAUGUUGGUGCUGGGCAAUGCCUUAGUAAUCGGAGUCAUGAAAACCAAAUGCCACCUAAAAUAUGUUCUCUUUGGCAGACAUCCCCAUAGUCCCAUUUACAAUACGUUCGUCAUAAGUUUGGGUGGUGGCAUUUCGCGAGAUCCGAAGAUACCAUUUUCACGUUUCCUGUUCAUGGUAUGGAUGUUGGCAUCUUUUGUCUUGCGUACCAUUUAUCAGGGUCUGAUGUAUCACUUCCUAAGGCAUGAUGUGCAUAAGUCUCCCCCAAAAACCAUAGAUGCGCUGCUAAGAGAAAAUUAUACAAUUUUUAUUUCCGAAUAUAUUUAUAACAGCGUGGAACAUGUCAAAAAGCUACGCGAGAGGGCCGUCGUUUUGAAUACCACUGAACUGGAAAGUUUUCCCAUGGUAAAUGAGCCGAAAAAAUAUGGCUUCGAAAAACUUGCCAUAUUGACAACGCAUGAAUAUUUCGGUUACUUUCGGUGGUUUCAUCGCAACAAUCAGGGUUAUUAUCUGGUGCCGGAGGUGCUAUUCACCCAGCAGCUAAGUAUUUACAUGAUGAAGGAUUCAAUAUUCUUGAAUCGUUUCAAUAUGUACAUCAAGAGUUUUAUUAACGAGGGUCUGAUGCAUCGCUGGGAGAAGCAUUUGUUGACGAAGAAUACCUUUCGUAAAAUGAGCAGCGAUGAGCAACCCAAAGCCUUAGGAAUUUAUGAGUUAUAUGGGGCCUGGAAUUUGUGGAUGAUUUGUUUGGCAAUAUGUUUUGGGGUUUUUGUGGGAGAAAUUUUGGUUCAUUAUUUGGGUCUAUGGGUUAAGAGACGUCGUAGGAGAUGGCGAAAAAGUCAAAUGAAAUAUCAAUGGAUUGAUUAAG